AUGACCAAAUCCGCUCUCAACUCAGACCUCAUGCGUCGUCCACGCAACAUGAAGAGCCUAUCUUCGCUGUUCCUCCCCUGCCUGCAGGCGCGGAAACUCCGCCGUCAACGACGACAGGAAUACCACACCUCCUGGACUUGUGCGGGCAUAUCAGACUUCGAGCAGGGUCCUGAGCAGGCAGAUCACCACCAUCACGAACACAAGUACCGAUACGACUCCCCACCCGAGUCGACCGAGCUAUCGCGUCUGCCCGAACAACCCAAAGACGCUAUCACCAAAGGCCCGCAGACAACAGCGUCCAUCCGACUCGUCAGCUCCGGGGACUCGGAGUGCUCGACCCUAGGCCCAGAGGAGGGCCAUCCACAUGGCAAAGAAGACUCCUCCGCCAAACAAACCGGCACUCUCUCCGAUGAAGAGACCGACGUCGAGUCCACCAGCCCCGAGAACCCCCACCGGGCCAUCUCCAUGGAAGUCGGGCCUCAGACCCCUCAACGCCCCCAGGACGACGACGAGAUCACCACUCCCCGCAGCAAAGACGACCUCGACCUCGAGCUCUCCACCCGCCGCAUCCCCCGCAACCCCGACAAGAAGCCCCGUCCAGCCAGCAUGGACGUGCCCCCCAGCGCGGCCGCCAAGCUCCCCGAGAUCAAAAGCCGGAUCAUCGAAGACAUCCCCGAGGACGUGGAAGAGGAAGGCAAGCACGACAACGACAUGACCCAGACCGGAUCAACCGCCGCUCAAGACAGUGAGACCGAUGAAGACCCCGACUCGGCCACGAAAUCCGCGUCCGCCAAACGCAGAUCCACCUGGCGUCUCAGCCAACGCAAGUCCAUGAUCGAGAUCUUCAACCUCCUCCAAUCCACCGCCGCUGCUGUCGCCUCCGCCCCCAAGCUCUCCAACCUCAAGCUGCCGCUGGCUGGUCGCUCCCCUCUCCGUGCGUCAAUGACCUCGUCCUCCUACGAUGAACCUUCCUCCCCGGUCCCCCCUACUCCGCCCCCGAAAUCACCUCCCUAUGCUGCAGCUGCAGCUGCAGCAUCAACCUCAACCACAGCCCCCGCCACAGCCACAGCCACGACAACAACACCAGCAGCAGCAUCAUCAUCAUCAACAACAACAACAACAACAACAACAACAACAACAAGCAAACCCCUCCCCUCACCCCACCCCCACGACCACCCCGACCCAAGCACGCCCACCCCCAGCCCGACCAAAAAGCAACGCCGCAUGGGAACAGCCGUCUUCCCCCUCCCCAUCUCAACGCGCAAAUGGGCCGAGAUCCAUCCCACUCUGGGCACCUUCGCGGGGAAGCACCAGACCACCACCAACGGUGAAAACAAAGGUAACAGUAUCAAUCAGACUCUUUUUCGCUAG